AGGAUAUCUCGGAAGUCACUAAAUUCAUAUUUAUUUAUAACUUUAAAUCAACGAUAUCAUAAUUUUCAAUUUUCUUGUGUUUACAACGUUUCAUUAAGUUAAAGUUUACCGUUGAUGAUAGCAACACUGAUAGUCCUUAUCAUUUUUUCUAUGCUCCUCAGCCGUCUGUGAAUCUGCGAUAAAAAUCAUAAAUAAUCUUAUAACCUAGCAGAAAUUCAAUAAAAAUAAAAUAAUUCGCCGAGUGAAAAAGUUGCCUAAACUAUACGAAAUGAAUAUGAUAGUAACGAUUAUUUUUUCUCUUCUGCUUCAGUUUGCGACUUGCAUAGAAUACGAUGGAUGGUUGAACAUCAAAAUUCAACACUCGCUUAAUUGUAAUGGUGAAAAAUACUGCACCAGGGGUAAUAUUUCUUUAAAGAGUUUAAGAGCUGGAACUUCUAUAAUAGAACAAAAACCGUUUCAGCAGCAACACAUAAAUGAACUAAAGGAAUUAGCUGACUUUGAUGGUUUUUAUACCAUAAGGUCUUUAGUAACAGCAGCAGAUACCAAAGAAUCUGAAUAUUUUUCUUCGGUUAAAGCAAAAGCUUUUCUAGAAAAUGGACUGACAGAUGUUAUAAAUGCAUGGGUACUGCCUAACGGAGCAGUCAUAGCAGUGAGCUUCCAAGUUAAUAACUCAUCAGAGUCUCAAUUCCCACAAAGUUUGAACAAUGUAUAUAAAAUCAAGUCUAACUUCUACUUGCGCCAAGUGGAAGCAGCUGUAACACCUGAUACUGCUUCAUACAUACAAAAACUUGAGCGUGAAAGAGAAGCCCGAGAAAAGGGAGAAUUGAAAGACAAUCGGUCGUUUUUAGCAAAAUAUUGGAUGUACAUAGUCCCCAUUGCCAUCUUUGUGAUGAUAUCUGGAGCAACAAAUCCUGAGGGUCCACAGCCAACACGUUAAUUUUCAAUAUAUUGUACUUUUAAUAAGAAAAAAUAUUUAUUUCCUACAUAAGUGAUUACUAAA